CCAUAUAAAGUGAAAUACUUUGGGAGUCCGUGGGCAGCCCCUGCCUGGAUGAAAAAUAACAGUGAACUGAUACAUGGCGGGUAUAUCAAAGGACAGCCAGGUGAAAAAUAUUACAAAGCAUUCGCCAAAUAUUUUGUUAAAUUUCUUGACGCUUAUAAGUCCAAUGGACUCGACUUCUGGGGCAUUACUAUAGAGAAUGAGCCCAAAGCUGGCGACCAAAAGUCAUAUGACUUUAAUUGUUUGGGUUUUACACCAGAACUCGAACGAGACUUUAUUAAGAAAGACUUGGGACCCACUCUGGAGGCUGCGGGCUAUGGACCCAAUAAGUUAGAUGUCAUGAUAUUUGAUGAUCAAAGGACUCAAAUCCUCAGGUGGGCUAACGUUAUACUGAAGGAUAAGGAUGCGGCCAAAUAUGUGGCCGGGACUGCAGUCCAUUGGUAUGACGAUAAGGCAGCUCCUGCCACCGAAUUGGAUAAAACACAUGCCAUCGACCCCUCCAAGUAUAUCAUAAAUACUGAAUCAAGUAAUUGUUGUCAUGACGUCGGCUGGUGGGGUAAUGCCGAGGAAUACGCCAGAGAUAUCAUUGAGGACUUCAAUCACUUGACUGCUGGAUAUCUUACUUGGAAUAUGGUGUUGGACAUGGUAGGUGGACCAAGGUGGUGUGGGGGCAAAGCCGAUGCACCCAUAGCUGUGGACGCACCGAAGCACGAGUACUACAAACAGCCCUCAUUCUACAGUAUGGGUCAGUUCAGCAAAUUCUUAGCACCAGAUUCCGUGAAGAUUGGUAUUAAUGAAGACAAAGCCGUGAAGAAUGUGAUGAGUACUGCCUUUGAGAGACCCGACGGAGGGAUUGUCGUCAUUGUCUUCAACCAAAGUGACGACACUUUGGACUUCACUAUUAAAGAGGGAAACAAUCACUUGACUCAUACCGUCAAACCUCAUGCCAUUCAGACCUUGAUUAGAAUCAAUUUGUGUUUUAAGGCCACGAUGGUAGCCCGUCAACCAUGUGUGCACCGAGACUACGGAAAGGGGACGACAGUCUGUGUCUGUAAUGUCACACAUUGUGAUGAUUUGGAUCCACUCGUAAAGACACCGAAAGGUGUGGUCACUGUUUUCGAGACGAGUAAAAGUGGCGAUCGGUUGGAGAAAACAGAAUUGAAAUUCGGAGCCAAACCGGAGACAAACGCCAAACAAAAACUUGAUGUAACGGUCGACAGGACUAAGAAGAUCCAGAAAAUCAUGGGUUUCGGCGGUUCGUUUACCGACGCCACCGGUUAUAACAUCAGGAAUUUGCCGCAAAAACUUCAGGACCAACUCAUAAGCGACUAUUUCUCGGACCGGGGUUUGGAGUAUAACUUGAAUCGUCUGCCAAUCGGCGGAUCAGACUUCUCGACCCACGCCUACAGCUAUGAUGACGACCAUAAGGGAGACUUUGAGCUCAAGUACUGGAAUUUAACCGCAGAUGACCACAACUAUAAGAUCCCAUAUAUGAAGGCUGCACUACAAGUGAGUCCCUAUAAGAAUAAAGUAAAGUUUUUUGGGAGUCCGUGGUCUGCACCGGCCUGGAUGAAAAAUAACAGUCAACUAAAUCACGGCGGAUUCCUUAUUGGGGAACCGGGAGGGCCUUACUAUAAGACAUUUGCCAACUAUUUUGUUAAGUUCUUAGACGCCUAUAAACAAAACGGUCUAAACAUAUGGGGCAUAACCAUAGAGAACGAACCGGGAGCCGGAACUCAUCUCGACUACGGUUUCAAUAGUAUGGGAUUCACACCGGAAUUGCAGAGAGACUUCCUGAAGAAGGAUUUGGGGCCUAUACUAGAGGCGGCCGGUUAUGGUCGGGACAAACUCGAUGUCAUGAUAUUUGAUGACCAAAGAGACAAAAUCCAUUUGUGGGCCGACACUAUACUCAAAGACAAAGAUGCGGCCAAAUACGUGUCGGGAACGGCAUUUCAUUUCUAUGCCAACAAACCUGAAAAUGUGGGCAAUUUAGACAAGACUCACGAAAUAGAUCCCAACCGCUAUAUACUGAACACAGAGGCCUCUCAUAACGUACCGACACUUGGAUUCUGGGACUUCUUAGAGGACUUCUCCAAAGAUAUCAUAAUUUUUAUGAUAUAUCCAGAAAUAAUCCACAAUUUGAUUCAUAAGGAUCUAAACCACUGGACCAAUGGGUGGGUGCACUGGAAUAUGGCGCUGAAUCUGACGGGUGGACCAGAUUGGGCCGGGUCUGCGGGCGCACCCAUUAUAGUGAACGCCACGGGACAGGAGUACUACAAGAACCCAACCUUCUAUGGUUUGGGACACUUCAGUAAAUUUGUUUCACCCGAUUCUGUGAGACUGGAGCUCAAGGAGGAUAAACCGCUGGAUAAAGUGCUGACCAUUGCCUUCGAGAGACCCGAUGGAGGAGUUGUUGUCAUUGUUUUGAAUCCAAGUAACGAUGAAAUUGAUUUCACUAUCAAUGAGUCGGCAAACCAUUUAACGCAUGUUAUUAAGGCCCACGCCAUACAAACCUAUAUCUAUUAU